AGCACAUCUUGUGCCUAUAGAAUUAUAUUCAUUCAUAGAGUAUUUUUGAUUUUUGUUCUUCGCAUAUAUACAUAUAUAUGUAGUUUGUUCGGAGCUCUUCAAGCUCAGAUGUUUCCCCGCAGCGCCCCAAUUCCUCCAAAAUAACAUAUAUAAUAAUAUGACCCCCCUAUAUCUCAACCACAGUCGCCCCCCGCAAGACCUUCCCACUUCCAUCCAAACAAGCCGCAUUAACCAUCCAUCCCUCCCUCCCCAAACCCAUACUAUCCCACAACCUUCCCACAACCACAGCUUUAACACCCUCCCAAACAACCCUCCCCGCCAUACCCCACACCCCAUCUACCCCACACAGAUCCCUCCACCACCCGCCGCCCGCCACAAAGCUCCAAAUUCCGCUUCCACGAUCCCACAACGCCCCGUUCUCCGCCCGCGCCCUGCACAACGCCUCCCACGCGUCCUGCGCACGGUCAUAAUACGCCCUCUCCACGCCGCGGCCGACGUGGACGUGUCCAAAGACAUGUAGGAGCGGGCGGAUGCGCCAGGCUGCGCGAAGGAGAUGGGGGCAGCCGGCAGAGUAAGGGAAAUUGUCGAGGUGGUGGGCCGGGGGCGUGUGGGUGACUAGGAUGUCGGUGUCCGGGGGGAUGGGGAUUGGAUAUGGAUAUGUCGUGCCGUGGCCGUCCCCGGGUGUCGUCGUCGUCGUCGUCGUGGGAGGGUAUUGGAAGGCGUGUAUUGAAUCCGGUGAAGGGUCCAGCUGUGGGAUUUGCGGGGCACCGUGUAUUGUCAGCGUUCGCGAUGAGGGGCUAAUGGUUGUGGAUUUGCCAGCUGUGUCGUGGGCGGUGGAAGUGGGUGUAGGAAAAGGAAAAGUCAGCGUCACGCUGCUGUUUUGUAGAUAAUGUAUUGAGCCCCAAUCUAUGCCUUGUCCAUCCCCGUCCUCCGCAUUACAAGCCACAAUAAUCCCCCGAACCCCCUCAUCCAACCACCCGUCAUGAUUCCCCGCCACAACCACCUUCUCCGUAUGCGGCAGCGUCUUCAACCAAUCCACCGCCGCCUGAAUAUCCGCGCGCGCCCCGCUAUUCGUCAGAUCCCCCGCAUGGAUCAGCAGGUCCCCGUCCGGCACGCCCAGUAGGUGGUGAUCGUGGGUAUCGGAGAUACAGACGACGCGGAUAGGGCGUUGGGAGGGCGUUCGGGUGCGCGGGGCUGGGCGGAGGUUGAGGAGGAGGGUGUGCAGUGGACGGAGGAGGAAGAGGAUCGGGGAGGAGAGGAGGCGGGUUAAGAGGGGCGGGGGGUCGAAGGGGCUCAUUACUGGGGAUAUGUAGGGGUUGAGAAUGUUUUGGUUGAAUUUAGAAUACGGCUAUGGCGUUGGAAAUGGCAUGAUUGGAGUGGUUUGUUCGGAUAGAGGGUUGUGAGUGCUGCCCUCGCAGUUUGUGUUUUGCUAGUUGGUUGUUCAUUCAUGUUGGUGACGGUGAAUGCAGCGCGCUGGGGUUGAAUAUUAUUCAGGGGAACCAAUAACGCAACAACAGCCCAAAAGCUGGCUUCUACUCGCACAUUUACGAGGCUCUCGAUCUCCAAAAUGAAGCCCAGAGCCAUAUUAUGCUUAAUAAUGGCCUUGAGGCAAACUCGGCAAUAUGGUAUUGUUCGCUCUAUACACACGAGUGUCUACUAGCGGCCAGAUAAGCUACUUGGAUCUAUAUAAGCCCAUUGCAAAAACGCGGCCUUCGAGAAAUGUCAUGCGAGAUUAUGCUCUUUUGCAUUUCUACUCCCUAUUUCUAGCUCCGUUCCUACUCAUUCACUUUGCCAUCCCCAGCCGGUACCAAUCGGUCCGGUGUUAUUGGGAUCAGAGCAGGUAUAUAACCCAUCAGUUCCAGCUCCAGCUCACACAAACUACGAAAACCCCAGUUGCAAGCAAUAAACCAAAAACUACAACGCACGACAACUACCAAGUCACAACAAACCACCAUCCAUGAUGGAUAGCUUCGAGGCAUAGUUCCGGAAGGUAGAAAUAGGCGAUGUGGACUAUACCACUAUACCUGAAAAAAAGCUGAAAAUGCCGGUGUACAAGGACUAUCCACCAAUCGUCGCAGAGAAACUCCGGGGUCUGGCUCAAGCUGUCAACGAGGGCAAAAGCAUCGCAGUUGCAACUGGGUUUGAAGGAGCGCGGUACCAGGAGAGAGAUCCGGUGAAGUUAGCAUCGUUCACCCCUCAGGAAAAAGAACAAUAUAGUGCAUGGUGUACCGGGAGUGUGAGCCUCCCAGAAUUUGACUGGACAGCCAACAUCGACGAUUCCCAAAUGCCUCCAAGUGUUGCUAGGAAAAUGGAAGAGCAUGUCAACGCGAUGAACAUUAUGUGGCAUACGAAUAAAGCCAAAACAAGCCACGCUCACUGGCUCUUGAACAACUGGAGUUACAUGCUGCCCCUUGUGACUGCACUCGCCCGGAUGGAAAAGGCCAAGAAAGACCUUGUUGACGGUUCGGAAUAUGCUACAGCCGACGAAAUGGCAGAAAUCCAAACAAUAGAGAAAGCAUUCUCAGAAACCCAUCAGGCUUUACGCCGCGAGAAGAAGUCGCUUCUCUGAAAAAUGGUAACCCGCGAUAUUGCAUAUUCACAGGUGACGUUGGCCAACCGCACACUCGAUAUCAGGAAGAAAAUUGCAGAGCGCAUCCCUAUGGGUAUCACCCCACCCCAGCGGGAUAUCGCUCUCCUCCAACAAGAACCCGAUUUUUCCGCCUUAGCGGAGAUAGUAUCUUAGGUAUGAAGCUCAUUUCGCAUGCAUGUCUCUGAUCGGGCGCGCGGGUUGUGCGACAUGGAACACGGAACAUGGGAUCUUGUAUCGAAAUUGUGCUUCUGGGACAAGCGGGGAUUCAGGGGAGCUGACGGUUAGGGGACUUCUGCAUUGGUUCGUUUCAACGGAGACGUUGUCUUGAGAUAGGGUGACUCUGCGGUGGUGACUUGUUAUCACGGGUAGGGUAGUUUAGCUACAGGAGACUGGACAAUCAGAAAUACAACAACAAGGCUAUGGCUUCGCUUGCCAUAUCCACACAUGGUG